AUGGCGCUCAGCCUUGCCAAGUUCUUAUCCAAUGGCAUGUGCGUAGUGAGGCGUGGCAGCGGCAUUACGACCUCUUCGCUGGCGCGACCUCCGUGGGAUAGCCGCUGCAAUGCUGAAGUCAAAGCUUUGUAUGAGCUGUUCAGGAAACUAAGCAGUUCUGUUGUUGAUGACGGUUUUAUUAGCAAGGUACACAUUAGGAUUAUAUUCAGGAAUAGCAAAACACAAUCCCUUUUUGCAAAUAGGAUCUUCAAAUUGUUAAAUGAUGGGUUGCUUGAAUUUGGCCAGUUUGUUCGGUCUUUGAGCAUCUUCCACCCCUAUGCACAAAAAGUUGCUUUUACGUUUCAACUAUAUGAUAUAUCAGAGAAGAGCUAUAUUCACCACAAGCAGGGGGUGAAGGAGAUGAUUUUGGCACUUCUAAACGAGUCUGAUUUGAUCCUCUGCAAUGACAUUGUUGAAGUCAUUGUCAAUAAGACAUUAGAGGACGCAGAUUUGAAAGGAGACGGCAAGAUUGAUAUGGAGGAGUGAAGAUUUGUGGCGCGGAAUCCAUCAUUGCUGAAGAACAUGACAAUUCCAUAUUUGAAACUAACAAGAAUUGAAGUUAAUUAUGGUUGUAAUUUGAUUCAACUCUUUCACAGUGAGUGA